AUGGCCGUUCAUUCUAAAGAUGAGGCUUUGAUGUGUAAGGUCUUUCCGUCUAGCUUGGGCCCAGUGGCGAUGAGAUGGUUCAAUGAUUUAAGAGCGAAUUCUAUUGACUCUUUUAAGAAACUCACUCGGGCCUUUGGUGCUCGCUUUAUCACUUGUAACAGGGUUCCUCGGCCUUUGGGAUCCUUGUUAUCUAUGUCUAUGCGGGAGGGGGAAACUCUGAAGGCCUACUUAGAUAGAUACUGGGAGAUGUUUAACGAAAUAGACGGAGACUAUGACGAUGUGGCAAUUAGUACUUUCAAGGCUAGCCUCCCAACCGAGCAUGACCUGAGGAAAUCUCUGACUGGUAAGCCUGUUACCAGUGUGCGCCAACUUAUAGAUCGAAUUGACAAGUACAGAAGGCCAGGAUCUGCCAACACUCAAGUGGUUAAUGUCGUAUUCCGAAAACCAGUACAACAGGUUUUGGAGAAGAUUAAAAAUGAGUCGUUCUUUAAAUGGCCGAACAAGAUGGCAGGAGAUCCUAUGAGGCGCAAUCAAAACCUUUACUGCCAAUAUCAUCAGGAUCAUGGGCACACUACCGAGGAUUGCAGAAACUUGUGGGACCAUCUAGACCAACUAGUCCAGGAAGGGAAGUUAAAGCAACUCUUGCAUCAUUCCAGUGGUCGGGGAAGUCAAACGGGUUCGGAGUUUCGGGGAGAUGCUUCUUCAAGACUCCCUCUUGGCACAAUAAAUGUCAUUUUUGCUGCCCCAGGGAGGAUUGGAUCUUGUCCUUCCAGAUCCCAUGAUGAUGCUUUAGUGGUCACACUUAGAAUUGGUGGGUACAAUAAGAAAACGGUGAUGAUUGACCAGGGCAGCGGAGUUGAGAUAAUGUAUCCUGACCUAUAUAAGAGGCUAAAUUUGAAACCUGAAAACUUAACAGCCUACAGUUCUCCUCUGAUGAGUUUUGAAGGUAAAAUGGUCGUUCCGAAAGGUCAGAUCAGAUUACCUGUGCAGACCGGCCCGGAUGUGGUGGAGGUGGAUUUCAUUGUUGUAGAUGCUUUCUCUCCAUACACGGCCAUUAUGGGCAGACCCUGGCUUCAUACCCUGGGGGCCGUCUCCUCUACUCUUCACCAGAAGAUGAAGUACCCAUCUGGAGGCCAGGUCUUGGAGAUAUUAGGAAAUCAAUCUACAGCUAGACAAUACCUGGUAGCGGCCAUCCAACAUCGGCCUAAGGCUGAAAUCUCGGCCACCGCUGAUAAUGGCUUAUAG